CCACUACACUAUGGAUGUUCUCAACUGUGUCUGGUAGCACUAAGUAUCCUGCAGAAUGCGAGUAAAAACAUGUUCGUAAACUCGACUGCCUCGUUGAGAACUACUUCACAUUCCCAGCGUCAUCGCGAUUUGAGUCAAGGUUGUGCUCCUGUCGAAGCUUUGUGGAUGUUCUUGGCAAGCACUACCCUCAUUGAAGUUUUGUGGCUUGGCUGCUUGGCGGGUUGGUCGUCAAGAUACGGGUAAUCUAUAGCAUUGUGCAAAGCAUGUGCAAUCUACCUUGGGUCAGUAUUGAUGGUCGACUCUUUGAAGAUACU